CAAGACAACACAUCGUGACACGGGAGAGCGCCGGAGCACAGAACGUGCCAGACUAAGCCCGUGGAGGGCAGAAGCAUGCUACGCGUAUCAACCAGUGGUAACGAUGCCGUAAAGCACAUGCUCAGUAAGCUUUGCCAUGACAAGAGUCAUUCACUUUGCAUUCCCAUUCACCCCUCCUCCGCCUCCAUACAUUCGCUUGACUCACCCAGCUCUGCCUUCCUCAUUACAUUCUAGACUUCUUCCGUCUUUCCUUCAUUCCUCCAAACCGAAUACACUCGCUACCACCAGAGUUAUACGCACAAUGACAGCCGACACCACGCCUGCUGCCAAUGGGGCAAAGAAGCCCGUGGUCUGCGUAUUCUGCGGUGCCUCCGCCGGGAACUCGCCUGCCCAUCUCGCCGCUGCCCGCGACCUCGCCAAAGCCUUCCACGAGAACGGAAUCAACCUAGUAUAUGGUGGCGGGACUGUAGGCGUCAUGGGCGAGGUUGCCAAAACCCUCGUGUCCCUUUCUGGUCCUUCAUCAGUCCACGGCAUCAUCCCCGAAGCACUACUCAAAUAUGAGCGCAAGGGCGAGAACGGAGAGACUGUCUCGCUGGAGAAAUUGAUCGACGAGAAGCUGUACGGCAAGACGACAGUUGUCAAGGACAUGCACGAGCGAAAGGCCAUGAUGGCCAAAGAGGUCAUUGAGUCUGGUCCUGGGGGCGGAUUCGUGGCUCUCAGUGGAGGCUAUGGAACCCUCGAAGAGCUGAUGGAAGUCGUGACAUGGAAUCAACUCGGCAUCCACGCUCGAGGCGUCGUUGUCUACAACGUGGAAGGCUACUGGGACGGUCUGCUCCAAUGGGUCAAGAAGUCCGUGAAUGAGGGUUUCGUGGGGGUGGGCAAUGCCAACAUUAUGGUCGAGGGAAAGACGGCCGAAGAAGUUGUGCAACAACUGAAGGACUACAAGAACGCAGAGGGGAGGUUCAAGCUGAACUGGGGCCAGAAGUGAAGAACCAGGCAGGAUACGGUCCUGGAGUCGGCUUCGCAGGGUGGCAUUGCCUUUCUAACAUAGCGAGGCGUUGUGGGUUUAGACAGGGAUGCGACAUUGGCGCUCAGAAUGCAGAAUGGGGCAUCGAGCACUUAGCACAGAUUACGACGAGAAGUAUGAAAUGAAAGAAAAUACAUGAACGUUCUGCAGUACGGCGAUUCUUUUCAACGACUGAAGCCUGCC